CCCAUUCCCCCUCCCCCCCCCAGGGCAUGUCCUACCUGCACUCCCUGCACUACAUCCACCGGGACCUGGCGGCGCGCAAUGUGCUGCUGGAGAGCGAGCGCCGCGUCAAGAUCGGCGACUUCGGCCUGGCCAAGGCGCUGCCCCGCGGCUGCGAUUAUUACCGCGUGCGCGACGACGGCGACAGCCCCGUCUUCUGGUGCGCCGGCGCCACCUGCACCCGUUGGGUCCCCCCCUUGGGUCCCCCUUUGGGUCAAUCUUUGGGUCCCCAUUGGGUCCCCCCCUUGGGUCCCCGUUGGGUCAACCUUUGGGUCCCCCAUUGGGUCCCCCAUUGGGCCUCCAUUGGGUCAACCUUUGGGUCAACCUUUGGGUCCCCUUUGGGUCCCCGUUGGGUCAACCUUUGGGUCCCCCUUUGGGUCCCCGUUGGGUCCCUGUUGGGUCAACCUUUGGGUCCCCGUUGGGUCCCCCCUUUGGGUCCCCGUUGGGUCCCUGUUGGGUCAACCUUUGGGUCCCCGUUGGGUCAACCUUUGGGUCCCCAUUGGGUCAACCAUUGGGUCCCUAUUGGGUCCCCAUUGGGUCCCCUUUGGGUCAACCGUUGGGUCAACCUUUGGGUCCCCCCAUUGGGUCCCCCCCCUGGGUCCCCCCCUUUGGGUCCCCUUCUUGGGUCCCCCUUCAGGUCCCUGUUGGGUCAACCUUUGGGUCCCCCAUUGGGUCUCCAUUGGGUCCCCCCUUGGGUCCCCAUUGGGUCAACCUUUAGGUCCCCCCCUUGGGUCCCCAUUGGGUCCCCCAUUGGGUCCCCGUUGGCUCAACCUUUGGGUCAACCUUUGGGUCCCCUUGGGGUCCCCCUUGGGUUCCCCUUGGGUCUCCGUUGGGUCAACCUUUGGGUCCCCCCCUUUGGGUCCCUGUUGGGUCCCCCCCUUGGGUCCCCCCCCUUGGGUCCCCCUUCAG